UGGCGCCAGCCCAGGGUCAAGCAACAGAUUGACGGUUCCUUCCGCGCUUUCAUCGCAUUUCCGCGUUCCAUGAGCAAGAUGGAUGGACAGGUACGUGAGAUGCCCCAAUGCGGAUGCUUGGAUGAUGCCAGCGCGUUUCUUGGGCUCUGACUCAUCCAAUCGACGGCUUCGCUGAUGCAGGGCGGCGGGCGACAGGAGCUGCGUGAUGUCUAUGAGCAGCUGCGGUGGGUAAAGGCACAGCUGCCGAGUGAGGGAGGGAGUGCACAUGGCUGCAGUGGUUCACGGGACGGAGGGAGGGACACGGGUGAGUGGAUGGUUUGUUUGCAGCUGGCAGGGCACAUCGACCGACUGGAUGCUGUCCUCAACUUUUAUCCCACUGUCUGGGUAUGUAUGUUUGUUUGUAAGAGUGCACUCACGGUACAGAUCACCCGUCCUAGCACACUGUCAUCUGUCUGUGUGUCAGCAACUCGAUCCGCCGCCUCUUCCCUCGUUGCCUCUGCAGCUCAGGUGCGGUCUCACAGGCUUACGCUCCUCCCUCAAAGUCCUCCUCGACCACAAUGAGUUGAUAGCUAAGAAACUCACCGUCGACGAGGAGCGUCCACGGCUGGCUCAUCCGCAAUUGAACACGCUCCUGAUGUAUCUACCUGCACAGCACAGGAAAAACACUGACUGACACAUGUCCAACCAUCACCUUGGUCGUGUGUGCUUGGUGUAUUGUGUGUGCAGCACGAGGUUGGAGAAGGCGCGCGAUGAGCGUCUGAGGCUGGAGGGGGAGGUGGUGGGUCGGUGUGGCGGGUGGCCGAUGGGCUCCUACGGCAUCUACUGGCAGCGAGCAUCGGCUCCAGAUUCCGACUCACCAGCAGCAGCAGCAGCAGCAGUGGCAGCAGCGGAGAGCGGUGACAGUGGCAAUGGCGAUGUCGACCUCAGCUCUACAGAGGGCAAGGGCGAGGCUCAGCCCACGCCACCCAUCCCCAUCGCAGCUGCAUCACCUCCAGACCUCAAGUUCAUCCAGGAAAUCAGGAAACAGGUCAGCACAUUGGCUGGCCCGUGGGCUGCCCUUUCCAGUCAAUGCAAUGUUUCUUGCUUCGUCAGAUGUCCAUGCAGCUGCUGCAGGCGGAGAGGCUGCUGGGCGACCCUCUUCGAUUCAUUGUAGGCAACACAGACACACACACACCAGCACACAGGAAGCUCAUUCAUCGUCUUCUCUCUCUCUCUCUCUCUCUCUCUCUGUGCAGCUGCCUGAUGCGGGUGAGUUCGUAGCCGUGUUGUCGUCAGCCGUAGCCAUGGUGUCAAGCGCCAGUGAGGUCCUCGACGCCGCCAUCAAACCACUACUACCCAUAGCCACCGGAUGGAAGCCCCCCGCCGAGGUACGACAUAUGGGCAAGACAGCCGUCCGCAGAGGUGCAUCCCUCCACCCAUCCGUGCUGUUCUCGCUUUCCCGUGUGCAGCCGUACGGCCGGCCUUGUUUGGACGGGCUGCCGUCGAAUGUUGUGAGCGGCGUGCUGGUUGGCUUCCUCGAGGCGGCAGACGUCGCCAAGACAUCACCGACCAACCAGACGAUUCAUAGCCAAGUGGGUGGGCGGGUUACCAAACAUACACACCACAUUCUCUCCACAAAGCACUGUGUGUGAACCCUGUCUGUUGUCGUCAGGUUCGUUGUCGCGCCUCACUCGAUGGACUGCCCGGCGGCCUAUUCCUCCAGGGCAUCGCGGCCUUCUUCAGUACCAAGGCGGCCGCCCGACUGUGCCGCGUCAGUAGGGAGAUCCGCACUCAGAUCAUGAGCAAGGAGACCGGCAUAUUCCAGCACUUCAUCAUGGCCAGCGACGACACAUACACACCGCAGCAACGGACCCUGCUCAAGCCACGAUUGGUGAGACACCUACCUAACACACGCAUGCUGCGGUGGUUCUGACCCCUCUCCCUGUGCGUGCCUGCAGACGAGCGUCAAGGCAGCCACGAUCGAGGUGGGCUCAGAGCCGUCGAGAGGUCUCGCCGUCUCGGUGCCAAGAGCCUUCAGCAGCUCACGACCGAGGUGGGCUCAUGAGUCGUCGGUGGGGCUCGCCGCGUCGGUGCUGAGAGCCAACAGCACCACACUCACACGACUGGCCUUCAGAGGGACCCCAGAUGAGCCGGAACUGUUCCCUUUCCGCCCUACCGCCGCCCGUGGCGUGCCCUUCCCAAGUGUGGAGCAGCUGAGCGUGACGAGCGGCAUAUGGCUCGCAUACUUCAGGUAAGCAAGACAACACACACGCACACGCAAGCCCGGUACACGAAUCGGUAUCGUCAGCAGGCGGGAGCUAUGGACGUUUCCCGGCCUGCUGACGCUCCACAUCGACAGCAGCAGCUGCAGCUGCGGCAAGGAGAUCGAGCACAUCAUCGAGACAUCCCCCAAGCUCAUCCACAUGACGGGCUACAUGUCGGCCGCAGCAGCGGGCGAAAGCCCGGGCGAAGUCAUUGCCGAAGGCUUCGACUACAUGUACGGGGGCUUUCUCACUUCCCUCAACAGCUGCCCCGCCCUCGCAUCGCUGCCCAAGCUCAAUGUCGCCGCCUUCCCCGACCUGAGCAAGGCCUUAGGGCCACUAUCGAUGGUCAAGAACGCCCUGUCGGCACAGUGGGGCAAGCCAUCGAUGCUAGGUCGGCUCUAGGGUGGAUGUGAGUGGUGCGCUUCGAUAUGCACAUAUGCGUGUGUGUGUGUGUGUGUGGAUGCAGGCGUGCCCAAGAAGCUGCGUUUCGCUAUUGAGACUGUAGGUGUUGGCGCCGACUUCAAUGACCAGGUCAUAUGCCAUACCCACCACAUGUGUGCAGGUGAAUCACUUGUCUGUGUAUUCCCUGCAGAUCCAUUCGUUCCCUCGAGGGCGCCAGUCGUUCGGCAUCCCUUCACUCCUCUCAUGGGCACAAUCCAACAGCUGCCAGGCAAUCAAGCACGCCGCACUCACUCACUCACUGACAGAGGCGUGUGUGUGAGUCCGCCUGCUUGUCGGUGCCAUGUGUGUGUAUCAGAUUGAGUGGGGUUGUGACCACAUGUGGCUGUCGUGCGAGAGCGACAAGACCGCCGUGUCAUUCACUUCGCCUCCAGACCCCACGGCCGCACGCUUCAUUGGUCAACUCGCAACCAAAGCCGACAAGGUACCAUCCCUCCCUCCUUCCCUCCCUCCCUCCCUCCCUCCAUCCAUCCAUCCAUUGAUUGUCGGCAGGUGUCGUACCGUGGCGGCCUCUUAGCUCUGCAUGACGAUUGGAGUGACCACCUCUACUUCCCCACCGCGACUAAGCUCCACAUCGUCGCCACCAAGCCCUCCCGGGCCAUCCCCAGCAUGGCCCCCUGGCUGGCCGACCAAGACGGCAGCGGCAAGAGCACCCGAUUCCCCAACGUGACCGAGCUGGAGGUGGAGGUCGGCUGCAUCCAGGGGAUGGGAAGGGGGAUGGGGCAGGAGGAGCGAGACGAGUACGAGCAGCGCCCGCCGCUUCCACACACCCUGGGGGCGCUGCUGGGGUCGCUCCGUCCACUGGAGGACGUUGAGGUCAGGACCAGUAGCCUCGGCAUAGUGAAGGAGGUCGUUUCGUGUCUGCCAGCUCGCGUGUCGAGCCUUUUCGUAUUCUGUGCCGCGCGUCUGAGUGAGCUGCCUGCCGAUGCACCGGCUCUUGCCUACCCCCGCAUCGACAGACUGAUCAUGAAGGCGGGCCGGGGAGAGGGGAACUCUCCCAUGGAUGAGGAGCCCCUCACGUCGUAUGGAAAUGUGCAGGGGUGCGUGAGGCUCAUCUGUGCCAUGCGGCCACUGGUUUUUAAUCUGACUGCGUUGGCCGACAUGUCUGGGGGGAAGGAGGAGUUCGUCAAGGGGUGUCUGAGUGGGUGUGAGAGGGAGGUAGAGGCGCUGUAUUCGAUCACGUUUCGGCGGAUUGACGCGUAUGAGAAUACGUACCGUCUGACGGGCCACCUGCUGCAGGGGCCUGCCAGUGGUCAUCGGUAGCUAGGC